AUGUCCCGCCUCCCCGACGGAGACCCCAAUCGCCGGGGCCACUACCCUCCCCCCGAGACCGACCCCAGCCGCCAGGGACAAUAUCCUCCUCCACCCUCCGACGAUCCCCAUCGCUCGCGCCCCUACCCCUACGAGCAGCCUCACUAUCCGUACCCGCCGCCGUCCUAUCCCGCUCCUCCAGAGCACGAUCGAGGCUACUAUCCACCACCACCACCGUCGCAAUAUCCUGCUCCGCCACACAUGGCUGCCAUUCACCCGCACGCGCCGCAGGACUACCGGCUGCCGCCGCCGCCGGGAGCCUACCGGGCUGAUCCAUACCAGCAGGCUCCCCCACAACAACAACCAAUGCCAUAUCAUGCAGCCGCUCCGCGCCAGCGAACCGCCAUUGCCUGCCGAUAUUGUCGCCGACGGAAGAUUCGUUGUUCGGGAUUUGAGAACUCCCCCGAUGGACGCUGCACCAACUGCCAGCGGUUCAACCAGGACUGCAUGUUCACGCCCGUCUCUUCACAGGCACAAGCCUUUGUCCCUGCGCAUGCCGCCUACCCGCACAUGCGCCCGGGAAGCCAUGCCAACGGCCAGCCUCCCCCCGGCACCAUUCUCUACGGUGCCCAUGGCCAGCCGCUUCCCCCUAACCAAGUGGUGCAAGGCCCCGAAACCACCCUGCCGCCGCCCCAAGGGAUGUAUGCGAAUCCGUAUAGCCGACCCCCCACCGACGGGGGGCCCCCGCCCCUUGCGCCGACUAUGCCAGAUCCGAGACAGCGGCGCGGCUCUGGCACGGGCUUCGAUUACCCCGAGCCGGCCAAUCUCGCUCCUGUUACACCCGCCAGUUCUACCCCCGGAUACCAGACUCACACCGCCCCGAGCCCCUACUACGGCCACCCGCACGACCAGCGCACCUCGCCGCAGGCCGGCUACGCCUAUGAGCAGCCCCGUCACUCGACCUCACCGCACGGUUCGCCAUAUGCACCUUUGCAGCCACCACCCGCCGGUCAGACGCCCCCUCCGACCUCGACUCCCGGCGGUUCCCAGCGCGGCGGCCUGAACGUGCGCGAUAUGUUGAACCCAGGCGCGGACGGCGACUCUCAGGGCCGCUCUAGCACCGACAGCGACAUGCUCAAUCAGCUGAACCGCCGGGGCCCCCGGUAA